CGGAAGCAGUGCGGUUCGGAGCAGAGGCUAGCAGCCAGCACAGCCCACUGUUCAGAGCUCAGGGGAGGAUUUACGCCUUUAUUAUAACACUUGGAGGAACAUUUCCAUUUGACAAGACAUUGAUGUCAUAUUGUGGAACCCAAAACGGCGGCCGCCGCAGCAAAUGGGACCAGCCCGGCCCUGGCUCCGGUGGGAUGGGGGAGUCUGAGUCUGCACCCACCGGGGCUCUGGAUGCUGCAGCCGCGGUGGCCGCCAAGAUCAAUGCCAUGCUGGUGGCUAAAGGCAAACUCAAACCCUCACAGAUAGGCAUCCCGGGGCCUCCUGACAAGGCUGUAGGUGUUGGGAAGCCUCCCAUGUCGGCAAAGGCCAAAGAUGACCUGGUCGUGGCUGAGGUGGAGAUCAACGACGUACCGAUCACCUGUCGGAAUCUGUUGACACGUGGGCAAACGCAGGAUGAGAUCAGUAAAGUGAGCGGUGCUGCGGUUUCAACCAGAGGGCGUUACAUGGCAGCAGAGGAGAAGGGAAAAGCGCUUCCAGGGGAUCGACCUCUGUAUCUGCAUGUCCAAGGACAGACUAGAGAGCUCGUCGACAGGGCAGUUAAUAGAAUAAAGGAGAUCAUCACCAACGGUGUGGUGAAGGCUGCGACUGCCUCAUCAUCUUCAUCACCUUUCUCCCCCAGUGGGGCUUCAGUCACAGUUUACCAGCAGCAUAACCAACCUCCUCCCUCACUGCCCCCCAUGAACCACCACAAACCACACUUUCAGUCCGGAAUGCAUUACGUACAAGAUAAACUCUUUGUGGGCCUGGAGCACGCUAUCCCGGGGUUUGUGGUCAAAGAGCGGGUGGAGGGCCCCGGCUGUUCAUACCUGCAGCACAUCCAGGCUGAGACUGGGGCCAAAGUCUUCCUUAGAGGAAAAGGAUCAGGCUGUUUAGAGCCUGCCUCUGGAAGAGAGGCCUUUGAACCCAUGUACAUCUACAUCAGUCAUCCUAAACCAGAAGGACUUGCCGCAGCAAAAACCUUGUGUGAGAACCUGCUUCAGACAGUCCAUGCAGAGUAUUCUCGCUUCCUCAAUCAAAUGAGCUCAAUGAUGCCAAUACAACAAGGCUUUGCACAGCCUCCAGUGGUGAACGGGAUGCUUCCACAGCCUCCUUACUACCCGCCUGCUGGAUUCCAGCCCAGCUACGCCAUGCCCGUACCACCACCUCAACCACAACCUGUCUCUCUACCUUACACUGUCCCACCUCCUAUACACCCUGCAGCACCCGUGGGUGUGCCUCCUCAGUACUCCCUCCCCCCUGCCCCCGUCCCUGCUCUCAUCCACACCCUCGCUCCAACGCCAGCUCCUGUCCCUGCCCCAGGCAACAUGCCACAGACUCUUCCUCCUGUACCUUUUCCUUCAUCAGCUGCAGCGCCGCCAAAAGCUCAGACUCCUGCCGCUCCAGUCAACCCACCACAGAAAAGACGCUUCACAGAGGAGGUCCCAGACGAGAGGAACAGCGGCCUGCUCGGAUACCAGCAUGGACCCAUUCAUAUGACUAAUUUAGGUGCAGGCUUCCCAGUGGUCAGCCCAGAGGCUACAGGACCCCCACCUCAGAGUUCCUCUGGCCCGCCGAGUGAGAGGGACAGUAGGCAGCUAAUGCCUCCACCUGUGCUGCCUGUGAAUGGAGUGAGACCCAAGAUGGAGGAGAGAAGGGCACCGCAAGGCCCCGUGGAGCCCUCAGCAAAGAGAUUGAAAACUGGUUUAGUGGCGUACACUGGCGACUCCUCAGAUGAAGAGGAAGACCACUCAACCUCCAAAGCCUCAGGGCCAGGUAACCCUGGGGCAGUUCCCCCCACCUCCACCUCCUCAGGCUGGACACAGGGCUAUCGCUGCCCUCCUCCACCACCCCCUCGGGCUAAAACACAGCCACAGCAGCAGCCUAUGCCUUUCUGGAUGGCACCCUAACACAGGAGAUAUCCAAACUCCCUCAGUGCUUUGUGCCGAGUCUUACAAGAUUAUCACCCAAACUGAGCCUGUGUUUUUCCAUCACAUGGAUGACUCUAAACAGCUACAUGUUGGUUGCAGCAUAAUAUCAGUGCUUCGGUCCAAAUGGACAUACUUUUGUUUUGGAAAAACUAUUGUUUGUUUCUUUUGGUGCACAUAUUAUAGUUUUAAGAUGAACAUUUGCAGGACUGAUACUCAAGCUAUUUUUGUGGAUGUAUAGACGGUCAGAUGAGCGACAUUCUGCCUCCAUUUUUUAUUUUGAAUGGUUUGAAAACAGAUGCCAGGUGUUUGAAUAUUGUGUCAAUAUCACAAGGCAAUGCUCACUGACCACUUUUCAUUUUAACCCUAGUACAGCUUUUUGUACUUUGUCCCCUUUCCUUUCCUUUUUCCCUGUCCAAGUCAGUGACACCAUCCUUUCCUAUUCUGAUCUUUUUGUACAGAACAUAUUGGACUAAUAUGUAGUAAACAUUCUGGAUUUAUUUCAGGCUUUUAUGAAAUAAAUAAACAUAAUUUAUUGCAGUGUUUGCACUCGUGAUUCUCCCUGUAUUUUAAAUCUGUUUUGCUAUAUUUCAUCACAAACCAAGUCGGUCACACCUGCGGAUUAGCUGUCAACAGUUCUGCCUGCCAAAAUAAAUAGUGGAUUGGGUGACCACCUUCUUGCAAAAUAUAUAAUAAUAGACUACUCAUUCUCUCAUGGAAACUUUUGAAAAACAUGCUGCCUGUGAAGGUUUUUUUAAUGAUGAUAAAUUAAAAUGUUGAAAUAAGUCUAAUUUAUAGCAGUUUGCAUUUUUUAUCAGCACAGAAAUAUUUUCAUAUUUAAAACUAUAAAAAGAUAUAUUGUCCACAAUGCCGCAAAACACAAUGAGCUAUCAUUACUGUUAUGAAGGAUUGAAUGCUGAAAUGGAC